UUGUUGAUGUCGCAUCGAGCGUCAUGUAUACGUCACCGGAUGUUGUUGAGGUGAAAUAUGGAUCCGUCAGUGAGCACACAUGGGUCAGAGGACUGUAGGCUGCAGAGUGCUGAAACGAAUGAUGAUUUUGCUCCAUCAAAACUCGGGACAAAGGAGUACUGGGAUGAGUCUUAUAAAAGGGAGUUGCAGAAUUACAAAGAUAUUGGAGAUGUUGGAGAAAUAUGGUUUGGUGAGGAAAGCAUGGACAGAGUGAUCAGAUGGAUGGAAGCCGAAAAUAUUCAGAAAAAUGCUUCCAUACUUGACAUUGGGACUGGAAAUGGAAUCUUCCUUAUGGAGCUGGCCAAGAAUGGUUACUCAAAUCUUACUGGGAUCGACUAUUCCAAGACUGCUGUAGAGCUUACCACAAAUAUUCUUGAAGAGGAAGGUUUAAAAAAUAUAAACAUUCAGGUUGAGGAUUUCCUGAACCCCAGUGCAGAAAUGAAGAAUUUUGAUAUAUGUAUAGAUAAAGGUACAUUUGAUGCCAUUAGCUUGAGCCCAGAGGACAGGGAAGAAGCAAAGAAGCGCUAUGUGGCGUCUUUAAGAACUGUUCUGCAUCCAGAGGGUUUCUUCAUUGUCACUUCCUGUAACUGGACCAAAGAGCAGCUGCUGCAGAUCUUCAGACCUGGCUUUGAGUUGGUAAAAGAACUGCCUACACCUCGUUUUCAGUUCGGUGGUAUGACUGGAAAUAGUGUGACAGCUUUGGUGUUUAAACGAAUUGAUCCUCAAAUUUAGCAAGGAAGCAAAUAAAACACAUUGACUCUUUUCGUAUCAGUGCUAUCAUUUUAUAAUAAAUACUUGAACAUUU